AAGAGGAAGAAGAGUACGAGCAGGACUGGGACGAAGAGGAAGCAGAGGAAGCAGAGGAAGCCCCAGAACCUCCUCGCGCUGACGGUAUGGAUGCGUGCUUUUCAGACGCUAUUCUUGGACAGAUCGAUGAUUUUGGCAGCCCUUCCUCUGUGCAGAAGGAGGAACUCUUCGAGCAGAUCAAAGCAGAGACACGAGAUACUUUCGUUUCAUACCUUUGCGCCUCCCUGCCGAGCGCUCUGCUCAAGAAGUACCCAGCUGAACAGCUGGUGGGCUGCUUGCAAACACUGAUGCAGGAGUUGCGCCGUUGCGUCCUGCAGCACGGCUUGGAGGACGUUUCGGAAGAAGAACCGACCUCCGUGGCAGAGGAGCUGCGGCAGGGUUCCCGAGAUGGCUGGCUUGACUACCUGCAAAGCAUGAAUCCUCACGCUCUUCGGCAGCGCUUUGAUCUGACAGAGCUGAUCGACACGUUUCAGGCCUUGUGCCAGACCUGCUUUGAUCGUUUGACGGACGAGUUGGGCCCCAUGUCCAGGUGGGUGCACCAAGACAGCCUGUUAUAUGUCUCUCCUCCAGCACCACCCAGCUUGCCUCCUGGCCCCAAGCACGAGGAGCCUGUCAAUUCACACUCGCGAGAAGUCCGAGAAAUCGAUAUGCGAGAGAGCCCGACGGCGAAUCCGCCUGCUGAGCGAAAAGAAUGGCCAGAACGGCUCUCCACCGCACCUGCUUCUCGUUCUGCUGCGCCUAGGACAGAUCUGCCCAAAGCGGGUCCAGUCUUCGAUGCGACGCUGGGGCCGGCGCUCUGGGAAAUUCAACAGCCAGGCCAGCUAGGAACCAGCCCUUCCCUUCCGCUGCCAUCAACGGGCCGUCUUGGCACAGGACGCCUUGGUUCGAAUUUACCCCUGCGGCCGGGCACGACACACGUGACUCGUCCCCUGCUCUCGCGGUGAACGGAAGGCUAGCGACGCGCAGCUGAGGUUGUCUUUUUCUCUUUCGGAUCGGUUUGCAUAGGGUAGAGGAUAGGACCUUGGGGCUAAAAGCAUGGUGC